GGGGGCGGUAGCCUCUCCUCAGCGGCUCGGGCGCCGGAGCGCGGGAAACGGUAACGCUUCCCCAUGGAGACAUCCGUCAGAAGAUACGAAACAAGAAAUAAGGCAGCGGGAGCCGAGCCGCUGUCCAAAUCCCGAGUUGACUGGAGACGCACGAAGAGGGAGCUGAUCCUGUUCGACAGCGACGAGGAAUCCUCGUUUACCUCGGAGGAGGAGGAGUCAGCCGUGUCAGAAGGUGAAGAAGAUGGAAAUGAUGAGAAGGGCAGCCUUUCCGACCGGGAGGAGAAGAGCCGCGGUGGAGAACUGACGGAGGAUGGUGAGGAUGAAUGCGUCGUGCCUGGAAAGCGUAAGAAGUGCAGCAGCUCCGUGCUGGAGGACAGCGAUGACAGCGAGGAUAGCGACGUACCUGUCAGGAAAGUUUUUGCUAAACGCCGCUGUGUGAUUAACGAAGACGAGAGUUCCCAAGAACAGCAGUUUGGUAAAGCCGGCCCUGCAGGAAAUGUUUGUGCUGAGAGGAAGCGGGGAGCGCUGGCAAAGCUGCAGGAGCUCGCAAAGGAGCGGGCGGCUCGGAGCUCCUCUGGGAAUGAAAACUGCGAGGAUUCUGAUGGUGAAACAGAAGAGGAACCGUUCUGCCAAUUGCUCCUCACACCAGAAGGCAGUGAAACUGACAGUGAGAGCUUGAAAGAUUUUAUAGUUGAUGAUGAUGAAGAUGAUGAUGACAAUGUGGAGCAUGUUAAGAGUGAAAAACACCUGCAGCAGAAAGAUCUAAAUGCAUCAAACAGUGAAUUGCUGGCACAUUAUGUCCCACAAUUUUGCCACAGUAGUCCUUAUGAACAUUUCCAAAGAAUAGUGAAGGCUUUCCUCAUAAAUGCAAUUGAUGACACUUUUCUGAGCUCACUGUAUGAUGGAACAAGACAAAAGAAGUAUGCACAAGAAAUGUUGCUCUCACUUAAUUAUUUGGAUGACCGUUACAUUCAGCCCCGCCUUGACAACUUAGUCUCUAGAAGCCGCUGGAAAGACCGAUACAAGGAGCGUGUGGAUUGUUACCCAGGUGUUCUCAUAACCUUGAAGAAUCCAACAAAUAUGUCUUGUCAGGCAUGUGAACUGAAUCGUUAUUGCAAGUUUAAUGUGCUACUGUUUGGAAAGCUUUAUAAUAGUAGAACUCUGGAAGCAGAUGACUUCAUGUCAGAUGACAAACAGUCUCUGUAGUUUGAGUCAUAUUCAGGAGAGGAAAGAAGAUCUCUAGGUACAUGAUAUCCUACGUAGCUUUCUGAGCAUGCUUGUCUUUUGUGUGUCAUCAAGGCUGACAGCACCUAUGAAGAUCUGCCUGCUAACUGAAGUUAUAUUAUGAGCAUUCACCUGUUAUUUCUCAAGUAGUUUUUUUGCUUGUUUGUUUAGUGAGAGAACAUUCAAUAGAUGAUUGAAAAUCCUAAAGCAUGUUUUAAAGAAAUGAGAAUCAUCUAUAGUGGUAAAAAAACCUACAUGACUGAGUGUUGCUUUGAACGUGCCUGGCAUUCCUGGGUUUUUAGCAAGUACCUGAGAAAUACUGUGACUUCAAAAAAAAUCUUGAAUAGAUCCUAUCUCCCUUGUGCCAGGAGUCUGAAGCUUUAAAUCAGGAAUGACAUCUGCCUCAGAGUUACAUCUGUUCUAAAUAUCAGAAUGCCUUUUCACUGAAAUUGGAUGACUUGAAAGCCCUUUACCUUUUUGUGUGCCUAUAGUGCCCUUAAGACAUUCCCAGCGGGAGUCUUGCAUUAAUUAGCUUUGAGAAACAUUAUAAAAGCAACUUUCUGUGUAAUGGGCAAUCAUCUCCAUUGAAUGGCUGUGUUUUCUACUUUGUUGCCCAAAAGGUUUAUUCUGUGUUGGGUCACUGGGUUUGCUAAUUCCGUGCCUACUGUUCUAGCUUUUGGAGCGUCCCUGUGCGUUCCUACUGUGCGUGUUUGCUGUAGGUCGGAACGCAGAGUGAAAUAGUGCUACUGUCACUAUAACAUCCGAGCGCAGCCUACUCAGGAUUUUACUGCUUUAUUCUUCAGAUUUUUUCACAUCUGCCAUUUCCCGUGUAGCUGUUCACUUGGAACAAAGUAUCUUGAUGUCUGGGUUGUGCUGACACUUGAAAUUGUUGAUCAUCUUUUGAGAAGGCUUGUUUCUGACUACUUCAGUAUUUUCUAUUAGAACCUUUUCAUCUUUACUGCAGAACAACUUGUUCAAGCUAGAAAACAUUUUCCUUUCAGUAAUCUUGCAUCUUUUUUUUCCACUCCGUUGCCUUUGCUAGGACAUAUUGGAUUAAAUUAUGUUAUUGGAAGGAAACUUAGGUUUGUUACAUAAUGUUGCAGUAGGCUGCCAUUCUAGAUUUUACAUUUCAGGGCUGAGACUUUUGAAGACCUUGAGUCUUAAGACACCUGAGUGUUGCCAGUAUUUAGGGAUCUCCACAUCAAAUGAAGAGCUAAUGGUAUUUGUUACGAUUAUGUUUGCAUAUGACCUUCCUAAGUAAUGUAAUUCAUAACCUCUUAUGAUAAACUCAAAACAUGAUUUGUCAAGUAAAAGACAAAUUGAUGCAUCUGUGUACCAAGCUGACGCCCAAGUUCUGCUUUUCUUCCCUUUCAGGAGAUGUAGAAGGUGUAUUCUUUUACUUUGUGCAUCUAAAAUGGUUUCAGGACACAGAUGAAGCACUUCAGUACUUGCUGAAAAGACAGAACUGUCAGUACAAGAUGUUUUCACAACAUGUUUCAAAAUGGGGUGUGAUUUGAUUUCUUACACAAAGUCCUCAACAAACUGGAAGCUUACCUUACUGAAGUACACCUUACGAAGCUUGUUUGCAUCUCUGCCAAUAUUCUACUUUAAAUAUUUGGGGGAUGUCAUUGUGAUUCUCAUGUCACAACAGUGGGCUCUGCAAGUCAUGUAUAGUGUGGUAAAGCUGUGCCACGGGUUUUGUUUUUUGUUUUUUUUUCUUAAAACUGAUCUCAGAACAUGCUGAACAGCAGUUCUUAAUAUUGCUUUGACUAAUAUCUGUUUGCAUGAUAAUUAAGAACUUGGUUUUUCCCUUUAUUUAUUGCAGGAAAAUACUAAGCCCUUAGGGUGUGGAGAAGCUAUCUUGCUAGCACUAAUACUGCAGCCCAUAGUACAGUCAUUAUUAUACAUUUAGAGACCUCUAUGCAAGGAAUAUCACUAAUUUAAAAAUCACUUUUUCAUGUAAAGUGUGCGCCUUACCUGAGCAGAAAUAAUGAGUGGAUUAGUGCAAGAAUUUCAUCUGACUGAUAUUUCCACAGUUAAAUUGGAAGCUGAGUAGAAACCCCCGUAUUACUGUCCAAAUGUUCUCCUACAUCAGCUGUUCUUCACUUUGGAAAACACUUGAAAUAUCUUACUGAACAUAAAACUUUCUUUCCAGUUCAUUUUUAUUCCCUUCAGCUAAACAAUAGAAGAUGAGGAUUUUUCUUUACCCUGAUGCAGCCCAGCAUCUGGUGAGAUGCCUGCCAUGUGCAUACUCAAUAUAGCUGAGAGGCUGGAGAAUAGACAGACCCAGGAGAGAGAGUGAUUGAGCACUUUGCAGUAAUUUUUACUAAUGGUUUGCUAAUGCAACAUUCAUAUUCCUAUAGUGACCUGUAAUUGAGGCUGCUAAAGGUACUGUUUUCAAGUUGGUUUUUGAAGCUCUUCUAGCAGUGCAUUGAUCAACCUGUCCUGCCAAUUGAGGGAAAAGAAGGAACAAAAAGGGAAAGGGAGCUACAUAAAACUGACACUUCAAGAAAAUAAUUGACUGAAAAAAGGCAGUUCAGAACUGCCAGAUCAGAUUGAAUGGAAAUACGUAUUUGGACUAUUUCUAAAGUUUUCUUUGUAAGUACCCAAGAAAAGUGGUUGUGUAGAGAACAAAAACAGACCUCCAACCCUUCUUCUGCAUAAAACUUUCCUUUUCUCUCGUCUCUAAAGUAUUCUGCUUUGCCAAUAGGCCUGAAGAGAAACAGCUGUCCUAGUUUUGCUUAGGCUUGCAAUGAUUGUUGUGAGUAGCUGCCAAUUUUCAUCCCUCCACAGUCAAAGAGAAUUGAACAGUUUAGGUGUCCGUCCCCCAUGUUUCUCUGCUGCUGUGUCACCUGGAUUAUGAACUGUUUUCUGCUCUCAGACUUGUUGUUCUAUUUCCAUUCAUAUCUAUGCUUAGAGGGCGUGAAUUCAGUCACUACAUGUUUUGCUGUUGUCAGGCUAUGCUUCUGCAUUCCAUACAAAGUGAUUUAACACAGCUUUGGCUGAUACGGCCAGCUUGAGGAGAUAAGUUAAGCAUUAGGAUAGAGUCACUGAGGACUGCGAGGGGGAACAAAUUAGAAUGUGUACAGUACUGAGAUUCUUUCCAAAGCUGCAUUCUGAAAUAACAUUGUAUUUUUAGACAAUCUCUCUUGCUUUAUAACACAGUACGUAAUGACAUUGUAUGAUUUUUUUUUUUCCUCUGGCACUUUUCCAGUCUGGAAAUUCUUUACACCUCACACAAAAAUAAACCAUGAAACUCAUUACCACAAGGUACUCUGGAGAACAAAAAAAUGUAAUUGGCUCCUAGAAGGGAUUAGACAGGUUCUUGGGGAAGCUCAUUCCAAGCUAUGGGAUAUAAUAGCUGGGGUGAUAGAGAAUUUCUUCAUUGCUGGCUGCUAGAAGUUGUGUGGUAAUACAUGUACAUGCUGGUGUUCUUUCCUGUGUCUUAUACCACCUUCCCAUACAUGUCCUGCUAGCUGUUAUCACAGGGCAAGAACUAGGCUAUCAGAAUGCAGAAUUCUGUCUCCUAUUUUCUAUCAAGUAGUGUUCCAGAUACCACACUUCAUUACUUGGAAUACUUAAGAAGCUAUAAAAUAACUGAUGAAAUGCUGCAUUUCAAUUUUUGAUUGCUUCAUUAUUUGACACGUUACUUCUAGAAAUGUGAAUAAGUCAAGGUUUUGCCUUUGUUAGUAGGCCUUGCUCAUUAAAAGCACCUAUAGCACCAAAUAUAAGCCUUAACUUUUCAGCUUUGGGCACACAUAGAAAGUGGAGCUGCGUAUGGGUACAUAGGCAUGAUUACAAGAGAAUUGCACUGUAGUCGUGCAAUCUGUUGUUAUCUCAAGUUGGUUAACUUGUCAGUUUAUAGACAUUUUAGGUCAGAUCAAAAGUCCUUUUAAGUUAGCGUGCUUCCAUUGGCUUAAGUGAUAUUUCACCUGUUUAUAUCACCAAAACUGCUGGUUAAAAUAUUUGAGAAAUUAAGUAUAUCUAGAUAUUUAAUAAAACAAGUAACCUUAAACUUGCAUUUAUAUUUAUAAAAAUUAUGUAGACAAAAUAUACUUUUCUGUUAACUGCUAGUAGAUGCUGCCAGGGGGAGGCUGUACGAGUAGGCCACGUGUUACAGGGGACUGCUGACAGACACAGCCAUUUGGUUGUGUGUUUAGGAAAGUUUCCUGAAAAUGCAGGAUGUGUGCAUUGGUUAAAACGAUAACUUCUAAUACUGUAAAAAGAGUAUUAAGAGGGUUACCAACACCUACAACAAAGGGCAUUGCUGUUGUGCCUCAGAGUUGAUGGUUUUGCAGUAUAGGAAGUGGUUAGUUGAAACUUGCAUGUGUAUUCUGAAACAGUAACACCAUCACAGCGUGUAUUACUGAUGCAAACAAUUUUGACUUUUAGUCAUUAUCUCCUUGUUACUCUCGAAGAUAUAACAAACUUUGGACUGAUGUUACAUCAGUCACAAAAGCAACAAAACAAUGUUGCUUUUGAAGCUUGUUUCUUUGGGUGUGUUUGGUUGUUCUACUAACUCAAAUCAGUUUUUCUUGUAUGUGUCAAGACCUAAAUUUCUUCAUAUAUGUAUUAAUUCUCUUUGGAGAGUAGAAAAUCUGAAUCCAAAAGCCAGCCAGAUGUAGGCUAAUAUAUAUAGGGCCACUAAUAUAUAUAGGGCCACUAAGAUGAUCAGAGGGCUGGAGCACUUCUCUUAUGAAGAAAGGUUGAGGGAUCUGGGCUUGUUUGGCUCAGAGAAGAGAAGGCUCCGGGGAGACCUCAUUGUGGCCUUCUGGUACUUGAAGGGAGCG